AUGGCUCCCCGGGUCCCUCGAGGCGAUCCCUCUGAUCCGACACUUCUGGGUUUGCCGAUCGAACUUCGCCGCAUGAUCUUCUGGUACCUCUUACGUGGCGAGGAAGAAACCCAAGCGGCCACCAAGGAGCUGAGGAGGGUGUACCACCCGGCAAUCCUGAGAGUCAAUGGUCAACUCCAUGACGAAGCUGAACAGUACCUUUAUGACGAGAACGUCUUCGUCCUGGUAAAGUUCGGUUGGAAGGGAUUUGCUUCGGUGACGCAGCAACAAACGAUCCCCGUCGUCGUCCGGUCAUACGGCUCGAAACAGCACCUCAAGCUGCCGAAGAACAUCGCAGCCCAACUGGCUCUUGAAUAUGGUGGCGAUGAGCACUGGUUCGCGCAUGAGGGCGCGCAGGGACCCAAGAACGACGAGCCCGCCGGCACCUUUGUCAUACUCUGGAGUGAUCUUUCGAAGCUCAUGGCUGCCCUCUCGUGGCGGAUUGACGCGAUGGUGCCGCCCAGGAUCUAUUCGCAUGAUACGGAUUGCUUCCUUCCAGAGGCGUCUGUUGUGUCGCGAGGAUCCAUCAAAGAGGCCAGCGCGAUUUACAGUUUCGUCGUCCGACACGGCAUCCUCAAUGGACACCUCAGUGGGUACAGCGUCUCCUUCUUCAGACAGCCAGGUCUCCAGCUUUACGCCCAACAUCUUGCUCGCAUCCUUAACGACGCCGCUCUGAGCGCCGCAUACCUCGCUUUACGCCAGCUCGACGGCAACGAGGCGCUUCAAUUACUCCAUCAUAGGGUCCAAAUUACGGCAAGCGUCACCCACGAGUGGAGGCCGCCGUUCUAUCCGGACAUUUUGCCCCACGAUAACAUUAGCAAGUGGUACCCUGACCGAAUGGCGUACGAGCAUAUCGCACUCUUGAUCAAGCUGUUCAAAUGUGGAGACGAGACGGUUCUGGCCAACCUCUUACUUCAUAUGCGCCAUGCAUUCCAAAGAGUGCUCUCCCACGAAGAUCGUGAACCGUUUUGGAAGCAUGACAUUGCCAUGAUUGAGAACGUUGUUGCCGGUGAUGCAGCAAGCCCUUCCCUCCGGCUGAAAUUUCUUGACUUCAUACGUGGCCGGGCAGGACCCUCGCAGCGAUCUCGACUUGAGACCUGGAGAGCGAAGAAACGGCUCAUGGCAUCCAGUGCGUUGGCCAUGCCCCUGAGGCUCGACCUUCUCGCUACCAAACCCCCGGACCCAGCCCUUAGACCCCCAGGGAAUGUCAGAUGGAAUAGGCUAUCGCCCGCGCAGAAGACGGAGUUGCAAGAUGCCUGUAGACUGGAACUGGAUUUUGACCGAGCCUGA